UUUCUUUAAUUUUAGGUAGAAUGGAUGAGCGACAAGUUAAUGAGAUGUUUUGAAGACAAGCGAAACAAUCCCUUUCAGUUUCGUCACCUUUCUUUGUGCCACAGCCUAUCAGAUCUAGCCAGAGUGCCCAGUCCAAAGGUUGUAUUGGCCAGUCAGUCGGACAUGGAAUGUGGGUUUUCACGUGAUCUUUUCAUACAAUGGUGUCAGGAUCCAAAAAAUUCUGUGAUUCUCACUUACAGAACGACACCUGGAACACUGGCACGAUAUUUGAUAGACAAUCCUAACACCAAAAAAAUGGAUAUAGAGAUUAGACGUCGUGUAAAAUUAGAAGGGAAAGAAUUGGAAGAGUAUCUAGAGAAAGAAAAGCUCAAGAAAGAGGCAGCUAAAAAGCAGGAACAAGAGAAGGAGCGAGAUGUUGACUCCAGUGAUGAGAGUGAUGUUGAAGAAGACAUGGACCAACCUUUGACUGGAAAAACCAAACAUGACCUCAUGAUGAAAAGUGAGAGCAGUCGCAAAGGAAGCUUUUUCAAACAGGCUAAAAAAUCAUACCCUAUGUUCCCAGCAGCAGAGGAGAGAAUGAAGUGGGAUGAAUAUGGAGAAAUAAUAAGAGCUGAGGAUUUUUUGGUUCCGGAACUUCAAGCAGCAGAAGAAGAAAAGAGCAAGCUCGAUUCUGGUCUGAGUAAUGGUGAGGAACCUAUGGAUCAGGAUUUAUCUGAUGUUCCAACAAAGUGUAUCUCGGCUUUAGAAACCAUAGAAAUCAGAGCCAGAGUGACAUAUAUUGAUUAUGAAGGUCGCUCAGAUGGUGACUCUAUUAAAAAAAUUAUUAAUCAGAUGAAACCCCGACAGUUGAUUAUUGUUCAUGGGCCUCCAGAGUCCAGCCAAGAUCUGGCUGAAUCGUGCAAAGCGUUUGGCGGAAAGGACAUUAAAGUUUACACACCAAAACUUCAAGAAACAAUAGAUGCUACCAGUGAGACGCAUAUCUAUCAGGUUAGACUAAAAGAUUCUUUGGUCAGUUCUCUCCAGUUCUGUAAAGCAAAGGAUGCAGAGUUAGCUUGGAUAGAUGGUGUUUUGGACAUGAGGGUAUCAAAGGUUGAUACAGGGGUCAUUCUGGAAGAGGGCGAGUUAAGAGAGGAUGAAGAAGGAGAAAUGCAGGUUGAUGCUCCCUCAUCUACACAUAACUCUGACCAAGUUGCAGCUCAGCAAAAAGCUAUGAAGAGCCUUUUUGAUGAUGAUGAAAAAGAGACCAAUGAAGAUCUUGAUGUAAUUCCCACACUGGAACCAUUGUCACCAAAUGAGGUUCCUGGUCAUCAAGCAGUCUUCAUUAAUGAGCCAAGGUUAUCUGAUUUUAAACAAGUUCUCUUGCGAGAAGGUAUUCAAGCAGAAUUUGUUGGAGGUGUUUUGGUUUGCAACAAUUUGGUCGCUGUUCGAAGAACUGAGACAGGACGUAUUGGACUAGAGGGAUGUUUAUGUGAAGAUUAUUAUAAAAUACGGGACCUUUUGUAUGAACAAUAUGCAAUUGUGUAAUUGCACGUGGAAUAAUCUUGAAAGACUAUGGAUUUUACUCUCUAGCAGUUUCCUCAAUUCAUCACUAUGCUGGAAAAUACUUGUGAAAUGUAAAACAAAAAUCUGGACAAUUUUUUCUGAUACAGUAGCACUUGCUCAUAAUUUGUAUCUGUUUUCUUUCAACUCUGUGAAAGAAAUUUGUGUGGAACCAUUUUGUUAAACCUGAAUAUGUUCUGUCUCCACCAGUUCUCUCUCUGCAUUUUUUUGGUGAUAACAUGGAGUACGUUUCACUGGUUCAAAAAACUAUACAAACGAUGAAAAGAUUUAUUUUGCCUGGUUUUCUGAUUAUACUGCCAGAGUUACAAAUUAAAGUAUCCCAACCUUCAACUUGUUAGUCUGUGAAAAAUUGGCUUAAUGUAUUGUAUAGUGAAGAAAAAUAUUGACAGAUCUGAAGGGUAGUUUUUCAACUGAUACAGCUUGAAAUAAUUUUAAUGAUUUUCAUGUUUUUGACAGUACAAGGUUGUAUUUUGUUGUGAGUUACUAUCCACUUCCUUAAUACUGUAUUAUAAAGCUGUUGAGAUUAGUUAUUAGGUUUUAGUAAAGUUAUAAUUGUUGAAUUCAUCAACAUACAGUUUUCUUUUGAAGAGUUUUGGUAAAUAGUUACAACACAUUUAUAAAGGGUAAUUUAAUUUUGAGCUUGUGUUUAUAGAUUAAGGUUUUGAUUUAAUUUUGAAACCCAAGAAAUAAGUAACUAAAUUGUUUAUAAAACGCCUUUAAAUUUCCUUUUGAAGGAAAUUCAUCCCAAUUUUUGCUCAAACUGAGCCUCCUUAUGGGAAGCUCUAGUCCAUGAUGGUGAGUAUUGGGAUAUUUAUUUGACAGUUAAGGGUAUACUAUCUUACCCUUGAUAUCUAGUCAUAUAAGUUUUCAGUGGAUGUCUCUUUAUAAGAAACAAUACCAAGAGCCCUGGAAGAAUUUUCUGCUGGAACUGAGGGAUGCUGAGAUCAAUUGUGGUAUCCCUACCACCCAUCACAGCUGUGAUUAUUUGAGGUAUGAGGUAAGUAUAAUUUUUAAUUUGCGCAGUUGUAUUCUCAUAUUAUUGAAAUUCUAGUAAAAUAAAGAUAGGGAGCAAAAAAACUUCUAAGACCUGGUAUAUUAGUUUUUUAGUAAAAGAAAAGUCUAUAAUGGAAAAAAGUCAAAGGCAAACACUACUUUGAUGAGAGCUGCUCACUAACAAUCUAAUGUAUUGCCAUCCAUCAUCCAUUUUCCUCCAUCAAAAAUAAAAUCUGGAAGAUUACAAAUCUAAUGAGAGAAAGAAUGAGAAACUACUGUUUUGAAAAUGUGCCAUGUCUGAUCUCCUGGAUGCGACAAGGAAACUCUUUUUUUCCUUUUCUACAGCAUUGUGUUACCGCCCGGUCGUAUGUCAAACCUGGGAAAAUACAAAUUCAAUGGUUACAAAUAAAAUUCAUAUUUUAUUAAAUUAAAGGUAACCCUUAUCUUCUUGAAUGACAGAGCAGGUUUGAGGGAUCAAGUAGCCUACUCCUGCUCCUAAUUUGUACAAUUGUAAGUAGUGUUGACUCUGGUACAGCACUGGAGAAGCACUGCUCUGACAAAUCAGAUUUCAUUUAAGGUACAUAUAGGUCAAUGGAAUAUUUAUUGGAGCACAAUAUUUGAAUUUAAAAAUAUAUUGCAUUUGUAUUUGAAUAUAGAUUUCCUGAUGCAGCAAAACAAUGCAAACUUCAGAAAAAUGGCUCAAUUAGAAAUGUAAACAGUCAAAAAAUGCUGACCAACACUUCUGGUAAUGGAAAUUCCUAGGCAUUAACUAAUUUAAAUGUUUUAUUUCUAGCCUUAUAAAAUAUGUAUUUUCCCAGAUGCUAUCUCAGUUUAAAAAAUGCUAUACAUGUGAUGUGUAAGAUUUUAUAACUUUAGAAACGAGAAAUGAAAAUGCCAAUAAAAUAUUGUUUCAUUUUCAGAUCCUCAAUGAUUUAUACUGCUGUAAUUUGGUAACAGAUAAAUGGCACGUUGUGAUGGGUUAGCUCAGAUUAAGAUUCUGUAAAGUGGUUAUGUUAGGAAUGUCCAUUUGUAUUCUGUUUACAAAUGUUGAAGACCCACUGUAUAAUUUCUGGCAUAUUUUAUUUUGAAAUAGAAGUCAGUCUUGAAAGCAAGGCAUAAAAUAAGUUAUAAAUAGUUAACACACAGUUUCACUAGCAAUUAAUUGAUUAAUGCCUGUAUAACAAUGCACUCAACCAAGCUCAGUGGAAUGAAUCACGUUCAGAUCAUUUUCUGAUUCCAUUUUUAGUAGUGAGCUAUAAAACAGGGCCCAUUGCUAUUUAAAUGCUUCCUCUGUCAUUGUGAAAUAACAUAUCUUUCUUCAUAAUAAAUUCCACCUGUUUGUAUCCUUAAUACUGUGUAAAUCCUUAUGGUCAUAUUAUGGAACCAAACUUACAUGUUUCAAGAAGGGGCUAAACUCUGAAAGCCUGUGAUUUCAAAUAAACCUGUUUGACCAUAA